GGGGGUCUGGGUCCGCUGUCCCGGCUGCCAUGUAGGAGCCCCUGGUGCGGCCACCUCGUGGUUGUGCCUCGGUGCCGGGCGGAGGCGACGCCGCGUCGCCGGUGCGAGGUGUGGCGCGGCCGUGCCUGGCUUCCUGGGGCCACCCGUCUCGGAGCCUCGCCAGGCCCGCUCUCGCCAGGCCGGACCCGGGACCGGAGGCCGCUGGCGGUGAGGAGGGAGAGUAGUAUGAGCAAACGGGGAACGUAAAGGAGUGGCGGCGCUUCCAGCUGGGACGUGCCGUCGGCUGGCCCGGUCAGCCCCUUGCUGAAGGAGGAAGAGUAGUACUUAUUCUUCAAGUGUGGAAGACGCGCGCGUUUGGGUCGGAAAUUGAGGUGCAGGGGAGCGCUUCGCCCAGAAGUGUAUGGUAGAGCUGAAAAAGACAACCGACCAAGGGUGGCCUAAAACUGUAACUGGCUCUCUGAUAAUCCCAGGACAAGAUCACUGUUCAGUCAUAAGACCACUACAAAAAUGUUUGACAUAAAGGCUUGGGCUGAGUAUGUUGUGGAAUGGGCUGCAAAGGACCCAUAUGGCUUCCUUACAACAGUUAUUUUGGCCCUUACUCCACUAUUUCUAGCAAGUGCUGUAUUGUCCUGGAAAUUGGCCAAGAUGAUUGAAGCCAGGGAAAAGGAGCAAAAGAAGAAACAAAAACGUCAAGAAAAUAUUGCAAAAGCUAAACGACUAAAAAAGGAUUGAAGGAAUGAACAGGCUCUGCCACCAAAGGAAAAUUUGGAAAAUUAUGCAGAUUUGGAGGGACUCAUCAAGGUUUCUUUUCUGGAUUUUAUGGCAGUAUUAUUUAGUAAAUGAAGUCUGAGUAUAUGGAAGAAUCAUGUUAGUUCUGACCUCUACUAUAGCAAGUUUUAGGCCUCAAUGUAGAAGUCUGUUGACAAUUAUUGUAAAUUGGCAUUUAUUGUGCUAUAAAUUGUUUAUAACUAAGUCGUUUGGCAUUUUGCAGCUUAAGUACUGAGAUGAAGACAUCCUGUGGAGAAAAAUGACUUUAGGUGAUAAACUCUAUUCCAGUAAUGGUUUAAAUAAGGUCCUGUUCUGGACAAAAGCAAUUAAUGUAAAAAUCAGAAUUGUCCUGAGGUAAAAAGUGUGCUUAGAUGUAUAUAUUAUAUCUUUUAUCAUUAUUGCUUAUUUCUUGGAAUAGAAUCAUUUCUGGCUUUCUCAGAGUUCAAGAAUAUUAAUGAGUGCUUCUAUUUUCUGCAUUUUUCUCAUUUAGCCUUUAAUCAUCAGACAUUCUGCAAUUUUUAAACAGAUCUAACUUUAUAAAGAAUUCUCUAAUUAUCUUGACUAUAUAGAAUACCACCCAGUGGAUGUUACCGUUUUUGUACUUAUAAACGGUGCCAUUUUCUUAGAGAUGGCUUGCUGACUAGAGUAGCACUAUGAUUUAAAGCCUGCAGUAAAAAUGCCAAGUCUUGUAGGACCUUAGAACCAGUUUCUUCUUAUUUGUGCUAAGUAGAAAUGUGAAGCAGUUGAAAGAACAUUUGCUGAUUACAUACAUUUUUGUUUUUUAUUCGAUUCUUUGUUUUAACUAAUACAGUAGUGAUUUGCUGUACUUUCUGAUUAAACAGGUUCACAGUAAAAAUUUCAAAUUUCUCUUAUGGAACUCCUAAAGAGUAACAGCCAAGUCACAUUUUAUAAGUGGUAAAGACAACAUUUGGAAAAAUUUUGUUCAGCAUAGUAAGUGGGUGAAAAAUGUAAAUGUCAGUGAGAAUGUGUCAUAAUUAGAAAUAAAGAGUUAAAGGAUAGUUCCUUCAGUUAAGUAGUAUAACUAACUUUUUACUAUUAAACAUGGCUUUUAUAAAUGCAUGGUCCAAUAAUUUUAUUCACUGUCAGUAUUUAAUAGCUUAUUAAGCUUUUCUUACCUCUGAUAAUUUUAAAUUACAGAAAGCUGUCCAAUAGCAUUAAUUUAAAAAUGAAACUAGGUACUGAAAUAAAUUUGAUACUUUUUUAUAAAGA